AUGUCACAACCACAAAAUACAUUCAAAUUGAAUGAUGAUAUUCACCAUAUACCAAUGAUUGGUCUUGGUACUUAUAAUGGCGCAAAAGUAGGUGAGGUUGGGGAUGCUGUUAAAGUUGCUUUAAAAAGUGGAUAUAGACAUAUUGAUGGUGCAGCAAUUUAUAUGAAUGAAAAAGAGAUUGGACAUGCAUUAAAAGAAGUAUUUGCAGAAGGAGAAAUUAAAAGAGAAGAUAUUUUUUAUGUUAGUAAACUUUGGAAUUCAUGCCAUCAUGCAAGUUUAGUUCGUAAACAUUGUGAAAAGACAUUGGAAGAUUUAGGAUUAGAAUAUUUAGAUUUAUAUUUAAUUCAUUGGCCAAUUGCAUUUGAAAAUGCAGAUCCAUCAGGAACAACCACUCAACCAUUGAGAGACAGCGAUGGUGAACCAGUGCUAGCAGCAGUUUCAAUCCGUGAAACAUGGCAAGAGAUGGAGAAAUUGGUUGAAUAUGGAUUGGUUAAGUCAAUCGGUGUUUCAAAUUUCAAUGUUCAAAAUUUAGUUGAUCUCUUAACUUAUGCUAAAAUUAAACCGGCAAUUAAUCAAGUUGAAGUUCAUCCAUACCUUAGUCAACCAAAUUUAAAGUAUUUCUGUGACAGAUAUGGUAUCGUCUUAACAGCCUAUAGUCCAUUGGGUCAAGGUAAAUGCGAUCUUUUAUCAAAUGAAACACUAAAAUCAAUCGCUGAUAAACAUAAUAAAACAGUUGCAAAUGUUAUCUUCAAAUGGUUGAAUCAAAGAGGUAUUGUAACAAUUCCAAAAUCUUCAAAUCCUGCUCGUAUCAUUGAAAAUUUCAAUAUCUUUGAUUUCCAAUUAUCAAAUGAAGAUAUGGAUAAAAUUAAUUCAUUAAAUUCAAAUCUUCGUACUUGUACACCUGCUAAUUUUUGCAAAAUUCCAUUAUUCGACUAA